GCGUACAUUAUAAGUGAGCGCUGUACAAGGGGGAAUCGCCAUAUCUCUGUGGUUGUUCUAUUUCGUUUAUUUGGCCCAUUUUCUUACAUUUUGUGUGUGUGUGUUUACGUCACGUCGAGGUGUGUUUUACGUUUUAUGUGUCCGUGUUCCCCAGUGAGCGUACCAACAUACGGUAGCCAAACAACCACACACGCUCCAUCUACACGCCAGAACAUGUACGAAGGGAAGCAUUUACAGCCGUCCCUGUAGAGCAAAGAGGCUAAAAAGUAAUAGAACUAAUUCUCCCGCUGUACAACCUCCACGUGGCAGUGAGUCAACACAACUCUUAGCAUUCAUUCUCGGUCACGCUACGAAUCCAGACAACCACGCAACUGCAGCUCUGUACUUACGCACGCCGCUGAUUUCACCAUGGAGGCGAUAGCAAAACAUGACUUUAACGCCACAGCUGAGGAUGAGCUCAGUUUUAGGAAAGGGCAGAUUCUUAAGGUACUAAAUAUGGAAGAUGACAUGAACUGGUUCAGAGCAGAGCUGGAUGGCAGAGAAGGACUCAUCCCUAGCAACUACAUUGAGAUGAAAAGCCAUGAGUGGUAUUACGGAAGGAUAACCCGCGCAGACGCGGAAAAACUCCUGCUUAAUAAACACGAGGGAGCGUUCCUCAUCCGGGUUAGCGAGAGUUCUCCGGGAGAUUUUUCAUUAUCCGUCAAUGUUGCAUCAGAUGCAAAUGUAAACCCUCAGUCGUCACAAGGAUGUGGAGAUGGCGUUCAACACUUUAAGGUCUUGAGGGAUACACAGGGCAAGUUUUUCCUCUGGGUUGUCAAGUUCAACUCCCUAAAUGAAUUGGUGGAGUACCAUCGAUCAGCGUCUGUGUCCCGGUCCCACGACAUUAAGCUCAAAGACAUGACUCCAGAAGAAUUCUUAGUGCAAGCCCUAUACGACUUCACCCCUCAGGAGCAGGGCGAGUUGGAAUUCAAGCGAGGAGAUGUCAUCACUGUCACAGACCGGUCAGACCCCCACUGGUGGAGCGGCGAAAUGGGCAACCGCAGGGGGCUCUUUCCUGCCACCUACGUGGCUCCCUACCACACCUAGAUGCCCAGUGCAGGAGCUCCACCUCGAGUACCACGUCAUAACCGGAGUCAGCAGCCAUUCGUACCAGGAGGCUGCUCAAACAGCAUCUUAACAGAAACAAUGAAAGAGACCUUGCUGAAAACAAUGAAUGGAAACUUGGCCAGGCUUAAGGGUGCUUUGGCCGACACACAGUGACAGACUGAGGGAGGCCUUGCAGGAGAUGAAUAGUAGUUGGCUGGCACCCUAUACAGUUUUUGGUUUGUGUUUCUGUGGCUUUCACCCCAGUCAGUAAUUGUGCCUACAUUCUACUUUGAUUUUGCCCCAUCCAUUUAUAUUGGAUUAGCCAGUAAAUAUGUUUUAUUAUUGGUGCCAUCUCAUACCUUUUCAUCCUACAUGGUUUUGUAAAGAAUGACUUUUUAAAAAAAGGAAUUGCAUGUGUAUUAUUCUUGCCACAAGCUUUGAUUGCAGAAUUUUUAGAAAUAUAUCAAUGGAAAAUACAUUAGUAUCCAUAACAUAAAAUUGAAUAUUCAAUAGCUUGAAGAAUAAACCAAUUAGCCUUGCAUGGCUUUUGCAGUGUUGCAGUGAUUCAUCAGGUACAUAACAAUUUGUGCACAAAAUUAUUGGUAAUGUACUUUACAAAAUGUUUAUGUCCCACCUAUGCACCUGGAGUGAUUCGUUUUUUUCUUUCUUUCUUUCUUUUCUUUUUUUUCUCUUUUUUUCAUAAUUUUUUUCUCUCUUGUUUUGAUAAGAAGCUGUUUCAACCUUUACCUGAAUCUAAGAAAUCUUUACAGACAAUUUGCCCAAAAGUCCAGGAAAUGUCUUUUUAGAGAUAAGGUACAUUUUAAGAGACACUAUAUUUUUUUGUUCUCUCAUUUCUCUGAAAGGCCUUAAAUCCAGGUAAAGUUGGUCCAGAUUCUAGAAUUUAUGAUUCCUCGAAUAGAUCAAGCCCUGUUUGCAAGAGGAAAGCACAAGAGAUUGUUCGAGGUCUCUCUUUUUUACAUUGUUUUGUUCAGGCCAGGCAAGCACAAAAACAAUUUUUUUUUUAUAUACAGUUAGGCAUUUUUUUUUUCUUUUCUUUUUGAUUUUUUUAUAUCUAUAUAGUGUGUAAAAAAAAAAAACAAAAAAAAAAAAUAAUAAAAGAUGAAUUUGUGUAUAAUUACAUGAGCAAGCCAAAUACGCAGGAGGAAAGGGCUAAGGACCCAGCCUGCGAGAAGGGAAAAUCGUGCGUUACAGAGCGGAGGGAGAAACGCGGUUGUGAGAGCUGUUGAUGUCAUAAGGUCUUUGUUGAAUGGGAAUUGUUUUCGCAGGCCUAUGGAUUUUGAUAUUAUCUAUAAACGGUAUGUUGGGGGAGUUCACGUGGAAGGCUAUGCUUACUACCGAGCAUCAGCAGGAUUGUACAGAUUUAUUUCUCAGUAAUGCGUUCUUUUUUUAGAUAGAGGAAAGAAGAAGAGAGUGUGAAAGAGAAAGAGAUAGAGAGCAAGAGAGAGAGAGUGAGAGAGAGAGAAUGAAUAUAUUUACACGAAAAGCAUUAUGUUACGUUUGUAUUCAGAGUGUAUUUUUUCAGACUUCAGGCUACUUCAGCUUGUAAAGGACCUUGUAGCUUGCCUUGUGGUAAAGAGUAUGGAUUCAGUAAGAGGGGGGGGGGGGGGUCAACUCAAUACUUGUCUUCGUCGUUCUGAGAGCCGAUUGCAUUUUUGAAACAUUUAUAUUUUCAUCAGUGGUUGCAAGGCUGUGGUGAGUGAUUUAUAUUGUGGUUUGAUAUUUUAUGUAACUUUUUUUUUUUUUUUUUUCUCAUUCUUUGGCAUUCUGUGGUUGAUAAUAUCAUUAUUUUUAUGGACAUAACUGUUAUUAUUAAUAUUAUUGCUACUAAUAAUAUUUUUACUAGCAUUAUUAUUAUUAAUAUUAUUAUUAUGAUUAUUGUGAUUAUGAUUAUUGUUAUAUUAUUACAUUAUUAUGUUAUUAUUUUAUCAUAGUAACAUCUAUUAGUUCACUAUAGUUAUCCUGUUAUCAUUCACUGUAAUAUGAUCAGUACAGCAUUCUGUGUUUAGAUGUGGAUUACUUUGACAAACAGAAAACAUUGGGUUACCAGAAUGUUUAGGAGUAAGGAGGAGGAGUCAGGCAGUCGAGGCCAAAUAUUUUCCCGUUUUGGAAAAAAAGGGGAAAGUGGUUGAUGACCUGUUUUUUUUUUUUUUUUUUUUUUUUUUUUUUUUUUUUUUUUUUUUCCAUGUAAGAACAAUUUGCAAAUAUAUACUUUUUGGUUUGUUAUUAUUAUUACUAUUAUUGAUAUCUCAAUAGGUCAAAAUAAUGAAGGUUUUGAAUGAAUAGAUAUAGCCCCCUCCUCUUGUCUUUUUAUAUAUUUUUGUUUUUAUUUAACAUUAUUAUUUAUUUUAUUUUUUUAUUUUAUUUUAUUUUUUCUUUCAUCUCCCUUGAGUUUUAUUACUUUUUUACUUACUUUUUUUAUUUUUUGCUACAAUGUUCUUUUUCUAUCCCUCAUUGUGUUCUCUUUUUUAUGUAUGUAAAUGUACAUCAAUGAUGAUUCUACAUCUAAAACUGCAAAUAACACAAUGUAUAGUGGGUAGUUUUACGUACUAGGUAAUUAAUGGGAUGAGUUCCGAUUUUUCCAAGAAUUGUUAUCAUGGUCUUGUCUGCGAGUUCUUGCAACUCAAGUACGCACCCUCAUGAUUGACAUUUUUACCAAGCACAUUAAACUGACACAGUGUUUCAGCUAUGUACACGCUCUCUCCCUCAUAUUAUUCAACCAUGGUAUUAAUCAGUACAUAGUGGUUCCUUAUACCUCAUAACUACACCGCAUUUUGAGAGUGAUGUGGUUGUCAUUUAUACUGAUGCGACCUGUGGUCCAUAUUGAUUGUGAGAACCAGUUUUAAGGUUAACGUUCAUUUGGAUAAGGUGCAGAGGAGGAAGGCCAAUGGCGCAUAGGGUCUCGAAUGUACAUAUUAGAUAGGAAGACAUUGAAGUUGCUGGUGAGCUGGCUGAGGAUCGCUGAGUAUUUACUUUUUGAGAUUUGUAAUGUCCAUCUUCAGCCACCUCGAGAUGCCUCCUUAUGCGAAGUUUGCACUUGAUUUGUUUGCUUUUCUUGUAGCCCCUAAUGGAAAGGUUGAGAAUGCUGAACGUUUUUUUGCUCCUUGUCUUUGCUCGAUUUCACUGAAUUGUUCAUUGCAAUAACCUUAAGAAUGUGACUGUAAUGACUACCAGAAUUUUUUUCCCCUUUGUCUCUGUCAUCUUUUUUUUUUUUAAUCAGUCCUUUUAUAAACAUAUAUUCUGCUUCCUCUUCUCUUCCUUACGAAUUUAUGGCUUCCAUACAGGGAUGACUUUCAUCAGGGUUGAAAAUGUUCAGGGUUGUCCCAAGAAAUCAAAAAGGAGUUUCUCGAGGGAUUGCUCCUCCGAACAACGCGCAAAUAAGUGUGCACUUUAAGCCACUUCGAAGCACCCUCUAUUUUUUAACAGAGAUUUAAUGGUUCAAGGCUUGAGUGAACAUGAGCUUUGGUUUUACUCUUUUCAAAGUAUUUUUAAGAUACUUUUCGUAUGGAUCUUUUCACUUUUUUUGGGUGGUUUCAUACACUAAGAAUGAAAGUCGAUGCUUCCAAAAAGAGUAAAGAAGAGAGACUGUUCCCUUCAUUAUAGAAUAUGGAUCAUCAGACACCUUAGAGCCUGAGUGAUAAUUCAAAGGUUUCCAACCCCAAAACCAUUUCAGUGCAGACUGGAAUUUAGGCUGUUGUGAAGUCUAGAUGGCUCAGCUCCUGUGAGCCAAUUUUUCGUCUUCUAAAGCAAAGUAGUUUAUCCUGCUGGUUUCAAUAUUACAGUAUUAUCACAAUACCAAAUUGGUUAUAUGAUAAGAAGAAAGGCCACACAUUUCAAGGAUCACCUGGAAGGGUGUUGACAAUUGUAAUUGACUUACAAAGUUAGCAACACAGUCCCCUGGUGCAAGAGAUCUAUCCGCUGUCACUCAGGCGGAAACUCGCAUUCGUCCACAGAAACCCUGCUGAUUUCAAUGAAAAAGGCCCUGUCAUCGCUACCUGAAUCAAGUCCCCCCCCUCCCCCCCCUCAUUGUCACCAUAGUAAACCCCUCCCUCCCCCUCCCCCCUUCCCAUCAUCAUGAAGUUUACUCCUAUCAUCAUCGUCAUUUACAGUUCUGUCGUGAAAGACCGGAUUAAGUAGCUAGAGUGAGAAAGCGCACGAGAGUAUGUACGAUUUCAGUGUGUCUAAAGCUGUGAAAUGCUCAAUUCUUGUAAUUUUAUCUCUAAUUGUUCCAUCCUUUUUAUUAUUUUUUGCAAGUUUGUGUGUGGGCUCGUGUGUGCCCCCUGUACACUUUUAUGUAUGUAUGUUUGCAUGUUUUUCUUUUCCUUUUUUUUUUUUUUCUCAUUCGUUUUCUUUUUUUCUUUUUUUCUUUUUUACGUGAUUGUAAGACUUGAAUUUGAAUGUAUUUUAAUUUGUAUUAAACUGUGAAAUCUUUAUUUGAAAUAGGUACAUGUGCUUUUACCAGAGAUAACCUUUUUUACACUUU